AUGCAGUUCAAGACUCUCUUCAUCUCCACCCUCGCCGGCCUCGCCGCUGCCCACGGCACCGAGGACCACUCCGCCCACAGCACUUCCGUGGCCGUCAGCGCCCCUAUCUCUACCGCUCCCAUCCUCUCCACCGGUACCGCUCCUCUUCCCACCGGCACUGGAGGUGUGAUCUCCAGCAGUGCCGGCGGCAUCUACUCCAACAGCACCUUCAUCACCAAGCCCUCAGCGGGCACUGAGGAAGUCACUGCUACUGUCACCUCCGAGGCCGGUGGUGCUUCGUCCACCGGUGCUGUCCCUUCGGCUAGCGGCACCACCAACGGCGCCUUGGAUCGCAAGAGCGAGUUCGGCAUGGUCGUUAUUGGCUUGGUUGUUGCUGCUGGGUUUGCCAUCUAA